AUGACAUUAUUUUCACAUAUUCUUACAACGAAUAAAUCUUAUCCAUUUAUAUACAAACAUUUAUAUUUACUUUAUCAUAAAACAAUUUUAAAUAUGGUUUUUGAAAAAUCUAAUACCAAUGGAUCUAUUAUAAUUGAAAAAAAGUUAAAAAAUAUAAAAUUAACUUCAUUUGAAGAGGAUUCAUUUAAAGAGGACACCAAAAAGAUAUGGCGUAAUGUGGAUGCUGUUUGUUUUGAUGUUGAUUCAACUGUUUGCCAGGAUGAAGCUAUUGAUGAGUUUGCUAAAUAUCUUGGAUGUGGUGAAAAAGUUUCAAAUUGUACAAAAAAUGCAAUGAGUGGAUCAAUGACAUUUAGAGAAGCAUUAAAAAUACGAUUAGAUAUUAUGAAACCAACAAAAGAACAAUUUAUGAGAUAUGUAGAUAAUUAUGAACCAUUAUUAACAAAAGAUAUUAUAAAUUUAAUAAAAGCAUUACAAAUAAAAGGAGCUAAAGUUUAUCUAGUUUCAGGUGGUUUUAGAAAAAUUAUUAUACCUGUUGCUAAAUUAUUAGGUAUUAAUGAAACAAAUAUUUAUGCUAAUGAAAUAAUUUUUGAUGAUAAAGGAAACUAUAUUGGGUUUGACAAAAAUGAAUAUACUAGUGAUUCUGGAAAUGAGAAUGUUGGAAAAGCUGGUGUAUGUAAAAUGUUAAAAAAAAAAUAUGGAUAUAAAAAUUUAGUUAUGAUUGGUGAUGGCGCAACUGAUGCCGAGGCGUGCCCUCCAGCUGAUGCUUUUAUAGGUUUUGGAGGAAAUGUUAUACGUGAGCCAGUUGUAAAAUUGGCUAACUGGUAUGUAUAUGAUUUUAAAACAUUAAUUGAUGAAUUAAAAAAAGAAUAG